CUCCAUUAUCUAUAUUUAGCACGUCCCUUCACGUGUUCGAUCUUCAGUCUCCUGAGAACCGUUUUCGCAUAGAGGACGACAUCAUUUCGUUGCUCUGUGUAAGACGCUCAUCCCACAGACGUUGACAUUCUGUUUCACUUUUAAUACUCUUUAAAAUGCGCGAAUGUAUCUCAAUCCACGUUGGACAAGCCGGAGUCCAGAUCGGCAACGCCUGCUGGGAGUUAUAUUGCCUGGAACAUGGGAUUCAGCCUGACGGCCGCAUGCCCACUGACAAGACAAUUGGUGGAAACGAUGACUCGUUCAACACAUUCUUCUCAGAAUGCGGAUCUGGCAAGCAUGUCCCGAGAGCUAUCUUUGUCGAUUUAGAACCGACGGUGGUAGAUGAAGUUCGAACAGGCACUUAUCGCCAACUUUUCCAUCCGGAGCAACUCAUCACUGGCAAGGAAGAUGCCGCCAACAAUUAUGCCCGAGGCCACUACACCAUUGGAAAGGAAAUUGUCGAUUUGGUACUUGACCGUGUACGCAAACUAUCAGAUCAAUGCAGCGGCCUUCAAGGAUUCCUCAUUUUUCAUUCGUUUGGCGGAGGCACUGGAUCAGGGUUCACUUCCCUUUUAAUGGAACGUCUCUCCGUUGAUUUCGGCAAGAAAUCUAAACUGGAAUUUGCCAUCUAUCCAGCACCUCAGGUUUCUACUGCCGUUGUUGAGCCUUACAACUCAAUUUUGACUACGCACACUACUUUGGAGCAUUCUGAUUGCGCAUUCAUGGUGGACAAUGAGGCUACCUACGAUAUCUGUCGUCGAAACUUGGAUAUUGAGCGACCCAGCUACACAAAUUUGAAUCGUUUGAUUGGUCAGAUCGUCUCAUCCAUAACUGCGUCUCUUCGCUUUGAUGGAGCUCUCAAUGUCGACCUAACUGAAUUCCAGACCAAUUUGGUCCCAUAUCCUCGUAUCCAUUUCCCAUUGGUAACUUAUGCUCCAGUUAUUUCCGCUGAAAAGGCUUACCAUGAGCAGUUGACAGUCGGAGAGAUCACGACCUCCUGCUUUGAACCAGCCAACCAAAUGGUGAAAUGCGAUCCUCGUCAUGGCAAAUACAUGGCCUGCUGCAUGUUGUACCGCGGUGAUGUCGUCCCUAAAGAUGUCAAUGCAGCUAUUGCCACCAUUAAAACUAAGCGUUCAAUCCAGUUUGUUGAUUGGUGUCCUACUGGUUUCAAGGUCGGUAUCAACUAUCAGCCCCCGACUGUUGUCCCUGGCGGUGAUCUGGCUAAGGUUUCUCGUGCUGUUUGCAUGUUGUCUAACACUACCGCCAUCGCUGAGGCUUGGGCUCGCUUGGAUCACAAAUUUGAUCUGAUGUACGCCAAACGUGCUUUUGUUCAUUGGUAUGUCGGAGAGGGUAUGGAGGAAGGAGAGUUUUCCGAGGCUCGUGAAGAUCUCGCCGCUCUCGAAAAAGAUUAUGAAGAGGUCGGAAUGGAUUCUGUUGAUGGCGAAGGCGAAGGCAACGACGAAUAUUAAAUCAAUUCUCUAUUGCUAAGAUAUCGUGUACCGUUUAACCUAGCGGCAUAUGCUUGCUCUCUAGCUUUUGUGGUAUAUUCAUCUGCCAUAUAUUUGAUGCCUUUAAAGUUAAUACCUAAAUUCUGGAAUUAGUUCAAUUUUAUUUAUUCUCUAUAAAGUUCAUCAUGUUAAGUAUUUUCAGAGUAUUAAGUAAACAUGGUCCCCCUAAUCAAAUGGA